AUGCUGGAACCGAUUCGCCAUAUCCUUCAGCGACAGCGUCUGGUGUUGGCGUCGGCCUCCGAGCGGCGCAAACAGAUCCUGUCGUCCAUUGGUCUCGAGUUUGAGUCGAUUUCGUCGAACUUUGCGGAGAAUCUUCCGAAGGAGUCAUUCAGUCAUCCGAUUGAAUACGUGAAGGAAAACGCGAAGCAGAAGGCCAUCGAUGUGUGGAAACAGUUGUCGGGCAGUAGUGGCCACAGACCCGACCUCGUGAUCGGCUGCGACACUGUUGUCACACUCGACGACACCAUCUUCGAGAAGCCCAAAGACCAGGAGGACGCCCAACACAUCCUCUCGAGACUGUCGGCCAACAAACACGUGGUCUACACGGGAGUAGCGCUCGUGACCCACUCGACCACCCAGUCGUCGGGCACGUCAGCCCAGGCCUCGUCCAGUGCGGCCGACGCUAACGACAGUCCGGAAGACUAUGUGGUGACCACUUUCCAUGAGGCCACCGAUGUCUUCAUGACUGAGUUGAGUGAACACGUGAUUAAGGCAUACGUGGCCACCGGUGAGCCCAUGGAUAAGGCCGGCGCUUAUGGCAUUCAAGGCAUCGGCGCUACCCUCGUUGAGUCCAUUCGCGGCGAUUACUUCAAUGUCGACUAA